AUGGAAACGAUAAUUGACAAGGAAUCAGAGCGUUUGCUGUCCCUUUUUAGUCAUAUUGCUGAGAAAUGCAAUGAUGCGCUUACUGCACCAAUUGCUCAAGGACAAUUCGAUCCUGAAGAUCUGAAAUGGAGUUCAUUGAUAACAUUAUCUGAUAGUUUUGAUAAAACAGAUGUAGAGUUGAUUAAGGAAGUCGUAUUGAAAAGGGUUGUUGAAAAACUAUUGCCUGUAGAAGAACAAGAAGGUGACGAAGAUGAUACCAUAGAAGCGGCACAGAAGAAUGAGCACUCUAAAUUAACGGAAAACUUAAAAGUAUGUUCUGUAUUAUUGGAUUUUUGUUUCCAUAUGAGACAGUUUAUGAGUGACACUUCUCAGUGUUCUCUGGUAUACUAUGAGUUAUUUGCUACCGUUGUUGAAAUGCUUAACUGGCCUGAUGAUGUUUGCCUAUUCUGGGAUUAUGUAGAGAGUAGAAUCAAUUGGUUUAAAUUGGGAAAUACAUUGAAAGAUGAUAAUUCAGGAGAGACAACUUUGAUUAGUUAUAAGCAGCCACUAUUUGAAAAGCUAAGAAGAUGGAAUACUUCCUUAAUGGAAUUAUCAUACCGCACACAUUCAAACACACCAGUCAUGAAUGAAGUGAAACAGAAAUGGUUGUCCUUUUUAUCAGACUUAUUGCCAAUACAAGAGGAAUCAAACUUUAAUAGAACAGGUUCCAUUGCUAAGUUGUCGAAUAGUACCACGAAUUGGAAUAUUUAUCAAACGACAGAAAAUUAUAGAGGACAGUCCAAAGAAGAGAGUUUUUUUUCUGACAUAAAGCUUGUCUAUCAGAACUUUAUUUACGCACCUUUGGAGUUUCUAUCGUCUUCAUUGGACCAUAAAAUUAAAAUUGAUAAAGUAAUUUCAACCAUAAUUGACAAUAUUUUGGAAUUAGAGGAAGUUUUUUAUAAUAAAAUAAAAAAGGAGCUCAAAGAGAUUAAUAUUAUUAAUAACAAGCUGAACCCUGACUAUUUCAUUCCUUCUAAACCACAAGAGGGCCUACCUGAAUAUUUGAGAACUAGCAAAUUGUUUGAAGAACUUAACUCAUCUUCGAUGUCUGAAUUUCAAUCUAUUUAUGAUAAAAUUAAACAUUUACCCGUACCGAAUCCCCUAGACAUGUCAACUACAGAUGAAUAUUCUUUAUUUGAUCAAUUUAUGACACUGGAGAAUGAUAUUUUCAGAAAGCAAUUUAUGAUCCAAGUUUAUUUCACCAGCUAUAUUAUUACACAAUUGAUUGAAUCAGAUGAGGUAAGGGACUUCUUUAAUACAAAUAUCUCAAAGGUCAAAGCAGCUCAUAGUAUCUCAUUUGAUGAUAUGGAAAAACAAAAUAUAAAGAAAGCAUCAACAUUCACCAAGCAUCUCAUGGUCAAUAGAAUUAAAAGGUUUUACGGUAAUAAAGAUAAGAAGUUUUUGGAUAUGAUAGAGAGUUUAGAAUUAUCUGAAAGUUGCUUUCACAAAUUAAAAAUGAAUGGUUUCAAACAAUUUAAUGAUUUUCACAUCACAGAGGAAGAUAUUGUAGUACCAGACAUUGAUAAAUCUUUUAAGAAGUUUGGUUUUGUGAAAAUGGGUAACAAACAAAUAAAUAAUGUAUGGAAAAUUGAGACAGGAAUAUCAAAUAUCAAAGAAGUUAAACUAGUACCACAUGAGGUUCUGGAAAAACUACAAGAUAAAUAUGCACAAUCGGAAGGAAAUGAAAUUGAUAUUGUAAAAAGUUGGCAAUCAUUAAGGUUGUUGAGAGGGCCUUAUCUCUUCAAAUUAAGCGGUAUUAAUGAAGAAAAGGGUUUAAAAGGACUAUUUGAAGAAAGUAAUCAAUCCUAUUUCCAGGAUAAGUAUAGUGACUGGAAAAAAAAAUCGAUUGAAGUGUUUAAUGAGCCACAUAAAUUAUUACUGGCUAAAGCAAGAGAUUAUAAACAAAGUAAACUGAACGGUAAACGAGAAAAUUUAGAAGAGGAAAGCAACUCUAACAAAAAGGUAAAAUUAAGUAACGAUAAUAACAUAGAUGCCGACAAUAAUGAAAAUGAAAACCCUUCACAAGAAAGAAGUUUGUCUAAUACUCAAAAAGGUAGAGAAAGUGAUGAUUUAGUGUCUAAGUUAUAG